AUGGAUGAUCAAGGUGAUUAUCGUCCAGAUUCUCCUGAACAAGAGCAUCGAAAGUGCCCUAAUUUUCCCCCUAAAUUCCAUUCUUCCAAGCAUCUUUAUAGUGGAUCUUGUUCUGAUUCUUCCCAACAAGAAUGUAUUAGUAGUUCUGGCAUUAUUCCCAAGAGUCUGAUAAUGGUUCCCAUGAAGGAAAGUGAAUUGAAUAGCGACGAUAUAAAUGAGCUUAAAAAUGAACUCAAACAACAAAAAGCUGAACAAAAAAAUGAGUUCUCACCUCAAGCAUUAGAUUCCAUUUUUGGAGGAGUUAUAAAGUAUCUUUUUUCAGAAACCCUCUAUCCAACACAAGAUGAUCUAAAAGAUACAUUAAAAGCAUACUUGGAAGACAAAUAUCAAAAUCAUGAUUUUGAAAAAAAUGAUGCCCCAUCUCAAGAAUCCGUGAAAAUUAUUGUCACAGAAGAAACAGGUGAAAAUGAAAAUACAGAUACUGCAAUCACAAUUGAAACCCAAGAGCAAACAAUCACAGAAAAUAUAUUGAAUUCAAGAGAAAUUAAUGAUGAACUCUUUGGUGUUAAUUUUGAUUAA